AUUCUGUUAACAGAACGCUGCCCUCAAAUCCUAGCUCUUUCAUAGACAACAUCUGGCACAUUUUUGAUAUAUGCUGUUUCCAAAACAUGGCUCCAAAACGGUAAGUGAGAGCUGGUCAAUAAAAUAAAAAUCCCCCAGCCGAACCAAAUAGACUGCCCUUACAGCGACUUCACAUAUCCCAUCCAGAUGAAUUUCCAGCCAUGAAGCGUAUGGUGUCUGUGCACGAACUGGACGUCAACGAGGAAGACCAGUUUUCAACGGUCAGUAGCGGUCGUAGUCAAGGCACCCCCAGCAAACGUCCAUCCAAACCACUUCCCAAACCUCCUAUGGAGCGUCAGGUUCAGCCACCAUCCAAUGCUAUGUCGCCAUUGACACUUCCGCAACAAGUAUCGCCCAUUAUGCGCCAAUCUAAACCUGUAUAUAAUUCGAUUUUUGGCUAUAAUCAAGCUGACAAUACAGAGACAUAUACCAACGUGAUCAAUUCAAACUAUGAAGCGCCUGCUCAGCUUGAACAGCCGAGUGUCAAAUCUCGUCGCAGAAGUGUAAAUACGGAUCCAGUGCCAAACCCUCAAUACUUGCUAUCGCCUAAUAAUAACGACUACUUGGACUGUUCUGACGAUGAAGCUGCAUCUCUGUAUUCCUAUCACUCAGUGGUCAGUCAUCAACGUUCCAUAGCAUCGAAACGGAGCAUGGAGUUGGUGACGGAAAUGCCAAAUACGGACCAGCCGCCAAAAGCCGAUGCAACCUCAUGCAUGUACGAUGGAAAGGAAGAUGGUUCAGAAGAACACAAGCUGCCUGAACUAGGUAUAAUGGGUGGUGGUUGGAAUCUGCAUAUCAACAAUCCGGAGAGCGACUAUCAGUCAACGGCAAGCCAAACUCCUCCUAGUGAACCGCCAGUUUCACCACAGGACUAUAAUCCUCCGCUACAGGAGAGUGGAUAUAAGGAGCAGAAUGACACUCUAUUCGUGGACCCUCUAACGGAAGCACCUCUCCGUUCAGUGUCACCAUUUUGGCAGCAAAUUUCUCCGAUGACACGGUCACCAAGUCAAUUAGAUUACUUUUUACAGCCCACCGUAUUCUUGGAUCCAACGCGCGUCGGAGCUGCUUCGCCUGUAUCAUCGAUAGGAACCGCAUCAUUCACAGGGAGUUAUCACCAGUACUCUGGUUCAGAUUUUAGCUAUGACACCAGACCAAACUCUCCUGGUUUGAAUCUACACCAUCCCUUUGUCAAUACUGUUAACGAGAUGAAUGCACAGGAUUAUCGAAACAGUUGGGCUGGUCCUGAAGGGAUUCAAUCUAUGAACGCAGCCAAACAGCGCUCCUCAGUGCCUCCUCCGCCGGCUGCAACGGCAAUAGACGAGUCUGUUAAAGAAAGUACCAAGUCACGCUACAGCAUUGCCUCACACUCUCUUACCAAUGAUCCUGAUACGAUAAAGACCAUGAGGCGGAUGGCUAACCUUACCAAGGAUCAUAAAACGCAAACUGUUUAUGCUUUGUAUCUUCUUGAAGUAUGCCAAAUGCAUGAAAAGGUGGGUGGAAGUGAUCGCCCUAUCUCGGCAACGCGACAAAGGUUGUUGCAGGAAGCUGUAUACUGGAUUGAGCGACUUUCAAAAGAACGGCACGGGGAGGCUACGUACAUCAAGGGUCUCUGGCAUCAAAAAGGACUUCAUGGCUAUAAACAGAGCGAAGACAAAGCAUACCGAAUGUGGCAGAGAGCAGCGAAAAGUGACCAUGUCAAAGCGAAGUUCAAGCUCGCACAGUACCACGAGAGCAAGGGUAACAAAGGAAAAGCCGUUGCAUACUACAAAUCUGCCACCGCCAAGGGAGGAGUGGAGCCUAAUUUCAAAAUGGCCCGAAUUUUGCUGUAUGGAGAGCUUGACCAAAAGCGAAAUCUAAAGCUGGGCUUGGAGUACCUGCGACGGGCGGCUGAUAUGGCUGAUGCAGGAACGCAUGAACCCGCCUUCAUCAUGGCACAGAUACUCACUGGAGAAUUUAAGAAAGUCAAUAUACCCAAGGAUUUAAUCCAUCCAGAUACCGCGCUCGGUGUAAAAUAUUAUCUUAAAGCCGCUCAACUGGGAAACGCUGAUGCUUUGGACCGAAUGGCUAAAGUUUGCCAAUAUGGAGAAUUCGAACAACCAUUGGAUUUGACAGCUAGCUUUCGGUAUUAUGAAAAAGCAGCUGAUCGGGGUCAAUGUGAAUCCAUGCUCAAUCUCAGCAAAAUGUAUCUGGAAGGACAAGCCGUCGAGUUAAAUGAAGCAUUGGCAUUUAAAUGGUGUGAACGCAGCGCAGCGUCCGGCUAUGAUCAUGCUGAAUUUGCAUUAGGCUACUAUUAUGAAAUGGGUAUCGGUGUUCCUGCAGACUACCCUCGUGCACUUGAAUAUUAUGGCAAGGCAGCGACGAAGGGCAACGAAGCAGCUGCAGCAGCUCUUAAUCAACAGGGUCAGGACAAUGGGGGCAGCAAGGUUGUACACCAUGUCAUGAAUAGAUCUAGCAACGUGGCUGGCGGGGACGACAAGCGUAAUUCAAAGGAGUGCACCAUUAUGUGACAAAAAAUCAUGAAUAAUGGGAGAAAUUUUUUAUUUGGAAAAUUUGUAGACAUAAAGCAUGGGACAGUCAUUGUACAGAAACCCCCACUUUGCCAUAGUAAUAAAACCAAAAAUGAAUUCAAUUGGCAGCAACAAUAUAGCAAUUGUUAUGUUGUGAUUUUUAAUAGCCCUGCUCUGCUCUUUUGCACUUCAUUAUGUUAUUGUCAUGACUUUU